AUGGAAUCAAAUGGAACGCGCAAAGGGCCGCUGCCUGGAGGUCGCCAGGGCGCGUCUGGAGCUGGCGCUGGACGCGACAGCAUGCGAACCGCCAGCCGAGCGCGAGGUGCUGCACGACCACCCAGCAGCUCCUCGCAUCCAUCAUCCCCACCAGCUGGCUUGGUGUCGGCAGGGUCUUCGCGGGCUCAGCAAUCGGCACCCGCCACUGGUGGAGUACGCCGCAUGCGUUGGACAACCCAGAUGAACAGCAACGCAUUGCGGGCGUAUUUUAGGGCGAAAGGGGGAGAAACUGGAGGUUUUGCGUAUCGGGCAAGGAUGCAUCGACUUUUUGCUGAGCUGGAGCCAUCUGUAACCGUCACCGAGCAAAACCUGGCAGACCGAGUUCGGUAUAUCUUGCGCUCAAAUACAUUUGAUGUCACCGAACUCGAACGGCUACGACGUGAGGCUGUUCCUUCAUCGGAUGAAAAUGCUGCGGCUGAGGAUGCGGCGCCACAACUUGCUGAGCAAACGGCAAAUGUGGAUGCCGCCGUGAAUACGCCAGUUGUGGUUGAUUCAAACGAUGAUGGAACAGUCGCCCAGGAACUGGAACUAGAGCAAAUGAGGAGUACAUUGGAAGAGGCGAUUGUGGAAACGCGCAGUACGACUCUCGAAAAUCGACCGCGACUUCCCCGCUUAGCCCUAAGCAAGCGGAAUCGGGCUGUCGUGAGGGCUCUGAACCCAAUGCUGGUUACCUAUUUGGAAGCCAGCCGGGACCUUUGCGAGACGGACUCAAUUCUUUUUGGCGCCGCACUGGCAGUCUGCCGUAUUAUAGGUGCCAAACUUUCCACGGCUGGACGCGCUACUGGACAAAGUAGUGCUAUCCCAGCCUGGAGAAUAAGAAUUGAAGAACGUAUCGCAAAGGCUAGGGCCCUCAUCGGCAGACUGAUAUGCUUCAGGUCAGGCAAUACCAGGCCAAGGAUUGUGCGCACCGUCAGGAUGGCGUUUGCUGGGACAAAUGUUAGUUUGUCCCAGCCGGAUAUAAUGCAAAAACUGACGGAGCGCAUAGACGACCUGAAGCAAAGAAUAGCUGCUUGGGGAAAGCGGAUUCGGCGAUAUACCGAGAGGUCGACACGGUUCAACCAGAAUCGUCUCUUCCAGAGUGAUCAGAAGAGGCUCUAUAAAUCAUUGGAGCGACCAAUAGUAAGUGGAACGGGCCCUGCACCAAAUCAGGCCGACAUGGUCGCAUUCUGGCGCAGCCUGUGGUCAGAGCCCGUAAACCACAACGAGGGCCCUUGGACGGAAGUUGUGGCGAGUCAGUGUGCGAGUAUUACGCCCAUGGACCCCGUCAUCAUAACGCCGGAUGACGUAGCUGAGGCGGUCCGUAGGGCCCCGAACUGGAAAAGUCCGGGGCUUGACGGGCUGCAUCACUACUGGCUGAAGGGGUUCAUGGUGUGUCACUCUGUGCUCGCCCGACAGUUUCAAGAGGCUCUCAACCAGAAGUCGCUCCCAAGCCUCUUCACUACUGGGAUCACUCAUUUGGUUCCUAAAGAUCAGGGUGCCACAGACCCGAGCAAAUACCGCCCCAUCACUUGCAUUAAAUAUGCUAGCACCAUCCGUUGUUACGAAUGCACCAGCGUUAACAACUCAAUGUGCCUCGACCCCACGAUUUAUGACCAGGAUACAGUGACGAGAUACCUUGGCACAACAAACUGCGAGACGGGAGUCUAUUCAGCUGGGAAUAAGAACUUUUUCUGCAGGAAGAUCGUCCAAACCAUUCUUCAUAAGGGCCAUGAUCCUGAGGUGCGCGUGACACGCGGCUGUGGCUGGAUGAGGCACAACCGCGAGUGCUAUAAAGCCGACAAUGAGGAUCACCUGGAGACGGUGUGCCAGUGCUUCACAGACGAAUGUAACACUGGAGUGGCGUUGGGGUACAGCGCUGGUAUUGUGGUAGUCCUUGAUUCUAAAAGGCAGAAGUUGUUUCCUUAUGUCGUACCGUCUCAGAAUAUUCCUAAAAAAAGCUCUGAUAAAGAAGUACCAUUAGCCCAAAAAAUAAAAUCAAUUGCUCGAGGAAAUAGGGCUGAUAUUAGACACAGGAAUAUAGUGGAAUCAAAUAAAGAGCUUGGACUUGCUAUUGAGAAUGAAGAAACUAAAUUUGAAGAUGGAUUUGAGGACAAUAAUAUAACUGAUAACAACAGUCAUCUUCAUGUCAUGACUUCAUCGACACAAGUCAAUUUAGUGAAUUACAGAAAUUAUCGUCCCCGAGAAGAUUGGAGUAUAGCUGACAUUCUUUGUGACAAAGAACCUUUGGAAAAGUGCACUCAAAUAAAUUUUCUUCCUAUGUGGGAAGAGGAUAGAUCAGCUUUAAAGCAAUUAACCCUCUCAGGUUUACUCAGUAGUGAUAUGUAUUUAUUUACUUUUACGGGUAUUCAUUCAAUAGAACUUUUAGAAACAUUGGUGACUUGUGUUAGUAAAUUGGCCUUAGAUGCUCCAACAAAUAAGAAAAUGUUAUCUCGUCUGCUUCAGCUUGUCAGGCCUCCUUUCUUGAGUCAGAAAAAGCAGAUGACCAAAGAAGAUGCAAUCCGCACUGCAGAGAUUGCAUGGGCAAGAAUGCAUGUUGAAAGAGUGAUACAGAGAUUACGACAAUGUAAUGAAUGA